AUGAGACGCCUGAUUGACAUCGGGCACCUCCCUUCUUUCUUGAAGAUCGUCCUCGAUCUGAAGGAGCUGGGGCUUCUGCGCUCACUGGGGCGCCUCACCCCCGGCCCCCCGCAGGUACCCCCCUCACCCUGUUCCCCCGCGGGUGGUGGGGGGCGGCGGCUGCCCGUGUGGGGGCGCCACCGCCAGAUCCUGGACGCCAUCUCCCGCCACCAGGUGGUGCUUGUGUGCGGCGACACCGGCUCCGGCAAGUCCACCCAGGUGCCGCAGAUGCUGCUGCAGGCGGCCACGCAGGCGGGUCGCCCCGUGCGCAUGCUGUGUACGCAGCCGCGCCGCGUCGCCGCCGUCGCCGUCGCUGAGCGCGUCGCCCACGAGCGCGGCGAGCGCCUCGGCCACACCGUCGGUUACCAGAUCCGCCUUGAGAGCAAGUUAAGCAGCUCGACGCUGCUGACGUUCUGCACGGCAGGGGUGCUGCUGCGCACCCUCAUGGGAGGCGACGCUGCCCUCGCCACCAUCACCCACGUGCUGGUGGACGAGGUGCAUGAGCGCGACCGCUACAUGGACGUCCUCCUGACCGUGCUGAAGGAUAGCCUGCCUAAAUACCACCACCUCAAGCUGGUACUGCUGUCCGCCGCCAUGGACGUGGCUCUCUACUCUAAGUACUUCGGUACUUGCCCCAUCAUUGAUGUGCCCGGGCAGUGCUUUCCUGUGACGGAAUACUACUUGGAGGACGUGCUAAAACACACUGCGUACAGCACCAAGGCCAUGACUGAGGCCCUCAAGAGGCUCGACAAGAGGCAGGAGGCGCGUGCCUCUGAAGACGCUUGGUGCUUGCGUCUCGGUGCCUCCACCACUGCUGUGGCUGAGGCUGUGGCUAGUGCUGUGGCUAAAGCUGAGGCAGGGGCUGGUGCUGAGGCAGGACCUAGUGCUGUGGCUAAAGCUGAGGCUGUGGCUGAGGCAGGAGCUGGGGCUGUUGCUGUGGCUAAAGCCGAGGCAGGAGCUAGUGCUGUGGCCAAAGCUGAGGCAGGACCUAGUGCUGAGGCUGCAGCAACAACUGUGGCUGACGGUGGCGCUGAGGCUGUGGCUGACGAAGUGUCAGCUGGUCGACGCCAGGAGGCAGAUGACGUCAUCAUCGAGGACGAGGCAGGGAGCGACGCUGCCGCUGAGAUGGACGGCCUCCUGGAGGCGGCCUUCCUGGAGGACAGCGACGUCGCCUUCGCCCGCAUCCUGUGCCUCGUCCUGACGGGGGACGUGUCCCCUGACCACCAGGUGUGUCCGCUGACCACCAGGGUGGCGGUGGUCGAGACGCUUCUAGCGACGGGGGCGACGGUGGGCCUCCGGUCCGCUGACGGACGGACGGCGGCGGCCUGGGCGGCGGCCACCAACCACCAGGCGGCCGCCGACCUCCUGCGGUCCUACGGGGCGGUGGACGACAUGGGCGGCAGCGGUUGUGCGGCGGCCACCGGAGGGAUGGCGGUGGGCGGCGGGAUGGCGGUGGGCGAGGCGGCGUCUACGGCGGAAGACGACCGCCGCCUGCAGGCGUACCUGGCCUCCACCCCCGCCGACCACACCGACGUCCACCUCGUCUGUCAUGUCGUCCACCACGUCCACACCACCCAGCCGCCAGGGGCGCUGCUGGUGUUCCUCCCCGGCCUGGACAGCAUCGUGGCGGUGCGUGACGGCAUAGAGGCGCGUGAGCGUGACUACCUAGCGUGCGGCACACGCGUCACGCUACACGUGCUGCACUCCAGCAUGCCUAUGGCAGACCAGAAGCGGGUCUUCACACCAGCAGCCCGCGGGUAUCGCAAGAUCGUCCUGGCCACGAACAUCGCAGAGACCAGCCUCACUAUCGACGACGUGGUCUACGUCAUCGACUCCGCCAGGGUUAAGGAGACGAGCUAUGACGCCGUGGGGGGCGCCACGCGCCUGCAGGAGGUGUGGGCGUCACGGGCGUCGCUCCUGCAGCGGCGGGGGCGCGCGGGGCGCUGCCGCCCGGGGGUCAACUACUGCCUCCUGCCGCGGGCCCGUCUGGGGGACCUGGCCCCCUACCAGCUGCCCGAGAUCUUGCGGGUCCCCCUGCAGGUGGGUGCUGUGGGUCCCCUGCAGGUGCUGUGGGUCCCCUGCAGGUGCUGUGGGUCCCCCUGCAGGUGCUGUGGGUCCCCUGCAGGUGCUGUGGGUCCCCUGCAGGUGCUGUGGGUCCCCCUGCAGGUGCUGUGGGUCCCCCUGCAGGUGCUGUGGGUCCCCUGCAGGUGCUGUGGGUCCCCUGCAGAUGCCCCGCGUGUCAUGCCCCAUUGUGUCCAUGAGAUUCCCCGCGUGAUGCCCCCCAAUGCCCCACAGUGCAUGGAGGCCCUGGAUGGGUGGGGGGAGGUGACCCCUCUGGGACACCAGCUGCUGGAGCUGCCUUUGCCCCCCGCGUUGGGGAAGCUGGUGCUGCUGGGGGCGCUGCUGGGGUGCCUGGACCCCUGCCUGACCCUGGCCGCCUGCUUGGCCCACCGGGACCCCUUCGUCACCCCCACCUCCCCCGAGGGGAAAGUGCGCUUCAACAGAGUCAAAGUAGAGGUCUUCGCUGGGGGACCGACUGGCGCCCGUGGGGGACCGACUGGCGGCCGUGGGGGACCCGGUGGGAAGCAUGCACCUGCUGCAGGUGGCUGGGGGUACAGCGACCACCUGGUGCUGGUGCGGGCGUUCCAGCUGUGGCAGGUGGCGCGUGCAGGUGGCUACGAGAGAAGCUGGUGCAGCCGCCACUUCGUCAGCAGCGUCGCCAUGGACAUGAUUAGUGGCAUCCGUCAACAGGUGCUGGCGCAGCUGCAUGCCAUGGGAUUCGUCAAGAGCCGCGACCUGAGGGAGGAGAACCUGCACAGCGACAACAUGGCGGCGGUGAAGGGGGCGCUGGUGGGGGCCGCGUACCCCCACCUGCUGAGGGUGGACAGGGAGCUCCUGACGCUGAGGUCAGCACGGCACAGCCAAGUGAGGCUUCACCCGAGCUCCUGCCUCCACGACCUCCUGGUGGGGGGCGACCUCCCCACCGCCGCGCGCCUGUCCAAGAAGGAAGUCGUUAGGGCGCUGCCCUCCGACUGGCUGGUGUACGACGAGGUGCUGGUGACGGGCCCGCUGACGUACGCCCGGACGCUGACGUCAGUGUCGGCGCUGUCGGUGCUGCUGCUGGCGGGCCCCACUAGGCUGCCUCUGCAGGCGCUCAGUGGGCUCCAGGCUGACGGCGCUGAUAGCGACAGCGACACUGGGCCCCAGGGCCUCGCGGGCUACAGCAGACUGGGCCUCGAUGAAUGGGUCCAGUUCGUGGGCCCUCCCAGCCACCUCCAGCUGGCGCUGCAGCUGCGUUACAAGCUACACGCUCUUCUGCUGCGACGUCUCAAGUCCCCCGUUAAGGGCGUGUGUCCUGGCGACGCGGACGUCAUCAGGGCCGUCGUGGCGGCGCUGACACGUCACGACGUCACGGCCAAUCCUCGGACGACCUCCUCCCCAGCUGCAGGCACCCCCACUAGAACCGGCGCACCCUCAGCGGGGGCUGGGGGAGCAGCGGCACCCACUAACCCAGCGGGGGCUGGGGGAGCGGCACCCAUUAACCCCAAGAAAAAAGGACGACACGUCGACAGACGGGCCAUCAGGACAGAGGGCCGCGGUGGACGGCUGGUGGACGGAGUGGACCAAAUAGCCAGCACCCUCGUGGCGGCCAGUCUGAUGGACACGCGGCCUGGUGGGGUGGGUGAACAACGAUCAUCUGUCCCCCAGUCCAUCGACAGCCAUCACCGACACCCACCUCCCCCACACCCGUCCCGACCUGGAGAUCCCCCACGUAUUUGUCAGCCACCUGCUGGGCGGCAUGGGUCGCGUUGACACCUCUUCCCCCAUUGUGGGAAAAAUUCACCCACCGGAUAGGAUGGCUACGGGACCCUCUUUAGGGUGGGGGUGGAGCCCUCCCCUCGACCUGGGGGACGUAGGGGACUUGCAUCUGCUCCCGUCGAUGCUAGUCGUAGUAUUCAACUGGGGAAAUUGAUCCACCCAUGUCUCCCCCAGACCUUCAGCUCAUAUUGUACGCUGAGAGACGCAGUAAUUUUUCAUGUUAAUUUUCUGAACUGCAUCUUUUAUUUGUAUUCCUUGUCUUUCAAUAAAG